ACUUCCUUCCUCUUCAAUUACCUUUUGUCCUAAUUUUGAUUUGUUCCAAACUUGUCCUGAAACCAAAGCAGAGUUAAGAAGGCAGUUUUGGAGGUUCAGAAAGGCAAGGGCUCAAGACUGCCACAGGACUUUGGUAAAUAGUGGAGGUCUUGUCCAACCCAGUUCCUCAAAACCGACGGGGCUAGGAUAGAGAGAGAGAGAGCCUGCGACAGGCUUGUUUUCCCCCCAACAUCGUGUCUACCAAUUUCAAGACUCAUAGACAGCCAAACAAGAAAUCAUCAUGGCCAGUCAUGCGCGAAGAACACCCCUUCUCUACGCUCUUGGCUCCAACGGCUCAGGGCAACUCGGCAUCGACCACGACCAAGACGUCUCCAUCCCACGCCAAGUCAUCUUCCGGCCUGGCUCCGAGCCUACCGCCCCUGUAGUCCAGGUCGCAGCCGGUGGUAAUCAUACACUGCUUCUCAGCGAGUCUGGGAAUUUGUACUGUGCCGGAGACUUCUCGACGGGUGCCUGCGGACCUCUCACUCAAGAGCAGAAGGACGCAGCUCCAAAGUUCAUUGCGCGGGAGGUCGUCCUGCAUGCGGGUGCAGAAAGUGGGUCAGCAGCGCCUGUAAAGUUCAUAGCGGCCACUUGGGAGUCUUCGGUCAUCGUUCAGUCUGAUGCGCAAGGUCGUACCACCGUGGUCUCGACCUUUGGCGCCGGUCAGAAGGGCGAGUUGGGCCAGGGACAGUUUGUCAUCCGCACGCCUACGGUCUCACGGAUUAAGAGCUUCCCGCCACCAGGGACCCAAGUCGUCGGCCUGUCAGCUUGCAUGGGACAUGUGGUCGCUCUUCUCAGCAACGGCGAAGUAUGGGGUUGGGGCAACGGACGCAAGGGUCAGCUGGGGACCGGCGUCGAUGGGGUAGUGCAUGAGCCAAAACGGGUGGAGGGCAUAGGCUUUCAGGCCGUGAGGGCUGUGUGUGGAAGGGAGUUCACUGCGCUGUUUGGAGGUCCAGAUAGCGGUGAAGUGUUGGUUUUGGGCUCAGACAAGGCUGGUGUCAAGUCGUCAGCCCCUGAGCAGGCUGUGGGAUGGAGAGACGUAGGCGCGAGUUGGGGUGGAGUCUACAUUUUGAGGGGCGACGGCACGUUGCUAAGCUGGGGAAAAGAUGACCAUGGCCAGUUGGCGCCGGCUGGACUACCAGAGCUGGAUAAAAUUGCCAUCGGGAGCGAGCACGUUGUUGCCGUGACGGCGGACGGCGACGUGCUUUCUUGGGGCUGGGGCGAGCAUGGCAACUGUGGUCCUCGAGUCGAGAACAACGACGUCAAAGGACGUUGGAACACCAUUGCUUCAAAGAAGUACAUUCCGCCUGGUUCCGAGAUUGCAGCUGUAGGUGCUGGCUGCGCGACCAGCUGGGUGAGUAUCGAGAUGGCAAGCCAGUCAUGA